AUGGUAAAAAAUGCUUCACACUUGUGUACUUUGUUUUCUGAGGUGAUUGAAUGGAUUGGCCCAAAUAAUAUUGUGCAUGUUGUGACUGACAAUGCGGCCAAUUAUGUUGCUGCUGGUAGGCUUAUCAAUAGAAAAUAUGAUAAUAUCUAUUGGUCACCAUGUGCUGCUCAUUGCCUUAAUCUUAUUUUAAAAGAUAUAAGCAGCAUGGCGCAUAUUUUUAACCUUGCAACUCGUGCUUCAAAGAUCACAGUAUUUGUGUACAAUCAUACGGUUUUCUUAUCUUGGCUAAGAGAAAGACCUCAUUGGAGAGAAAUUGUACGUCCUGGUGCAACCCGGUUUGCAACUGUGUUUAUUACAUUGAAGCGCAUCUUUGACCGAAGGAGUGCUACUGGUAGAGCUGUGAGUGCUAUUAUUCUGGACGCCAAAUUUUGGGACGAUUGCUUUACUGUAUGUAAACUUGUAAGCACUCUGAUUUACUUGCUGAGGGUUGUUGAUGCUGAUGACCCUCUAUCUUUGGGAUAUGUUUAUGAAGGAAUGCUAAGGGCAGAAGAUGCAAUUAAGGAGAUGUUUAGGCAAUCCAAGACUUCAUAUCAGCCGUACACAGAUAUUAUUAACUCAAGAUGGGACAAGCAUUUGAAGAAAGAUCUUCAUGCGGCAGCUUACUUCCUGAAUCCUAAAUUCUUUUUUAAUGAAAAUUAUAAAGAAGCACCUGAUGUUAUGCGAGGUUUGCUUGAUCUUGUUACCUUGUAUUGCAAGUGUAACAAUUUGGAUUCAGUUCAGGCAAUGAAAGAAAUACAUUUAUAUAGAGAUCGGAAGGAAAGUUUUGAUAGACAAGAAGUUAUUCCAGCUGCAUCUGAACUUACUGAUGAAUGGUGGAGGUUAUUCGGAGGCUCUGUUCCAUGUCUACAAAAGAUAGUUGUUCGCAUUCUUAGCCAAGCAUCUGCUUCUUCUGGGUGUGAGAGAAAUUGGAGCCUUUUUGACCAGAUUCAUACAAAAAGAAGAAAUAGAUUGGAGCAUGAUAGACUGAAUGACAUUGUUUAUGUUACCUAUAAUUUGCGUCUUAAAUCCAGUCAAGUUGACUUCUGGGUGACUGAAGAGGUUGUAGAGAAAGAGCCUGAUCUUCCUAGUAAUGUGGAUGACUUAUUGUGUGAAAUUGAUCCUGAUUUAUAUCAAAGUGGCGGUGGUAGUAGUGGUCUUUAUGCUGCAUCUCUUUCUUCUGCUGAUCAGGGUGGGAAUGAAGGUGAAGAUCAUCCCACCGAAACAGAUUUGCAACAAGUUCUUGCGGAUUUUGAUAAUUGA